CAAUGGGGAUGCGGGGUGGGGGCGCGCGGCGGCCGGAGCGGCGGGCUGGUUUCUGUGCAUCUUGGGGGAAACCUGCAAUAGAGAUGGACACCGAAGGCUUUGGAGAGCUCCUGCAGCAGGCAGAGCAGCUCGCAGCUGAGACGGAGGGCAUCUCCGAGUUCCCGCACGUGGAGCGCAACCUGCCAGAGAUCCAGCAGGCUGGGGAGCGCCUGCGCUCCCGCACUCUGACCCGCACGUCCCAGGAGACGGCGGACGUCAAGGCGUCUGUUCUUCUUGGGUCCAGAGGGCUUGACAUAUCUCAUAUCUCCCAGCGACUCGAGAGUCUAAGUGCAGCCACUACGUUUGAGCCUCUUGAACCCGUGAAGGACACUGACAUCCAGGGAUUCCUGAAGAAUGAAAAAGAUAAUGCCUUGCUGUCAGCCAUUGAAGAGUCCAGGAAAAGGACCUUUGCUAUGGCUGAGGAGUAUCACCGAGAAUCGAUGCUGGUUGAAUGGGAACAGGUGAAACAAAGGAUUCUUCAUACCCUGCUGGCAUCGGGGGAAGAUGGUCUCGAUUUCACCCAGGAAAACGAGCCCAGCUACGCUGGUGAGUCAGGCCCUCCAGGUCGCAGCUCCCUGGACAGCAUGGAGAUGGCAUAUGCUCGGCAGAUUUAUAUUUAUAACGAGAAGAUAGUGAACGGACAUCUGCAGCCUAACCUGGUGGACCUCUGUGCUGCUGUUGUAGAUUUGGAUGAUAAGAACAUCUCUGACUUGUGGGCCAUGGUGAAACAAAUGACCGACAUUCGCCUGGUUUCUGCUAGCGACAUCUUGAAAGUCCGCACCAACUUGGAGGUGCGCAUGGACUUUGUGAGGCAGGCUCUGAACUACCUCGAACAAAGUUACAAAAAUUACACCUUCAUGACUGUCUUUGGAAACCUGCACCAGGCUCAGCUGGGUGGAGUUCCAGGGACCUACCAGCUGGUCCGCAGUUACCUGAACAUCAAACUGCCUGCACCUGUCCCCGGUCUCCAGGACGGAGAGGUGGAAGGCCAUCCUGUCUGGGCACUGAUCUACUACUGCAUGCGCUGUGGAGACCUGAAUGCGGCCAUGCAUGUGGUGAAACGGGCACAGCACCAGCUGGGAGAGUUUAAAACCUGGUUUCAGGAAUACAUGCACAGUAAAGAUAGAAGAUUAUCUGCUGCCACAGAAAAUAAGCUACGUCUCCAUUACAGACGAGCUCUGAGGAACAACACUGACCCGUACAAGAGGGCUGUUUAUUGUAUUAUUGGCCAUUGUGACAUUACAGAUAACCAGAGUGAAGUUGCUGAUAAAACGGAAGAUUAUCUUUGGCUAAAACUGAACCAAGUGUGUUUUGAUGACGAUGGUGCAAGCUCUGCGCAAGACCGAUUAACAUUAUCACAGUUCCAGAAGCAGCUGCUAGAGGACUAUGGUGAAUCACAUUUUGCAGUGAACCACCAGCCUUUCCUCUACUUCCAAGUAUUGUUCUUGACAGCACAGUUCGAAGCUGCGAUUGCUUUUCUAUUUCGGACAGAGCGUUUGCGUUGUCAUGCUGUUCAUGUUGCUUUGGUCCUGUUUGAGUUAAAAUUGCUCCUGAAAUCUUCUGGGCAGAGCGCACAGCUAUUAAGCCAUGAGGUUGGUGACCCUCCUGCUGUAAGGCGUCUCAAUUUUGUGCGACUUCUGAUGCUUUACACCCGGAAAUUCGAAUCAACGGAUCCAAGAGAAGCCCUGCAGUAUUUUUACUUUCUCAGGAAUGAGAAGGACAGCCAAGGAGAGAAUAUGUUCUUGCGUUGUGUUAGUGAACUAGUAAUCGAAAGCAGAGAGUUUGACAUGAUUCUUGGAAAACUGGAAAAUGAUGGUAGUAGAAAGCCUGGAGUGAUAGACAAGUUUAAUAGUGACACAAAACCUAUUAUUAACAAAGUGGCUGCUGCAGCAGAAAAUAAAGGAUUGUUUGAAGAAGCUGCAAAACUAUAUGACCUUGCAAAGAACCCUGACAAAGUUUUAGAACUGAUGAACAAGCUCCUCAGCCCCGUCGUUCCUCAGAUCAGCACCCCCCAGUCGAACAAAGAGCGGUUGAAGAACAUGGCCCAUUCGAUUGCGGAGAGGUACAAAGCUCAGGGGAUAAGUGCAAAGAAAUCCAUUGACUCCACAUUCUACCUUCUGCUAGACUUAAUCAUGUUUUUUGAUGAGUAUCAUGCCGGUCACAUUGACAGAGCCUUUGAUAUUAUCGAACGCCUGAAGCUUGUACCUCUUAGCCAAGAUUGCGUGGAAGAGAGAGUUGCUGCCUUCCGGAAUUUCAGUGAUGAAAUCAGGCACAAUUUAUCCGAGGUCCUGCUUGCAACCAUGAAUAUUUUGUUCACCCAGUAUAAGCGGAUGAAAGGCACAAGCCCUGCCACUCCUGCCAGACCCCAGCGCGUAAUGGAAGACAGAGAUUCGCAACUUCGAUCUCAAGCUCGUGCCCUGAUAACGUUCGCUGGAAUGAUCCCGUACAGAACGUCUGGAGACACGAACGCAAGACUGGUGCAAAUGGAGGUCCUUAUGAACUAGCAGAGCAGCUUCUCUUAGGGUUGCAGCAACCUGUGCCUGUCGUUAGUGUGUCCAGGGGUGGGACCAGUGCCGUUUUGUAUCCUGUAUUUUUGUUGAUGGAAAUAAAUUUCUUUGAUUUCUAUUUGUUUUUGACAUUUUCAUUUUCAGUGUUUGUUUUUUUUGUGUGUGUUUUUAAGUUUUUAUUAAUUCUGUUUUAAAUUGGUUUAUAUUUAGAAAAUCAUUCUCGGUGAGUAAGCGGGCCGUGCAGAGAGAAGUCAGUUCUGCAGCAGGGAGGUAAACGAACAAUUUUGUAGCGGAAGAGGAAGUGCAGAGUAAGAACUUUGAUUUAAUGCUCAGCUGGGAAAUUUUUGGCGUUUUGUUUUUUCGGAUGCAUGUUAAAUGUUGCAAAUGUGUUUGAUACACCACACGUGGUGUACUGCCGUCCGUCUGUCACGUUGUCUUGUGGGGAGCAGUGUUUGUGACACAGGUGAGCUCCGCGUGCUGCAGACUCGUUUAUGUUUAAGUUGCUGGGUGCCUCAGGUUUGCACAGCUUUGCAAAUCCUGGAGCUCUGCUCAAGCUUUUGCAGGAACAGCUGGGAGUGGGGACAGGUAUAUCUGGACAGGAGACGUUUUGUAAUUGGCACGUGGGUUUUUAACAGUCGAGUUCAGAACGGUCCCAUGUUGAGUUCCCCAGGGGAAGCAAGGAAGCUGCCCGAGGAGUCUGAGUGUGGGUGCUGUGGGCAGGGACAGGUACUGCUCUUGGUUCUGUGGGAAACCUGUGUUCCAUUCAAGUGAGGGGCAUUAAAUAAUGGCUCCUUGGCAUAGUUGAAGUGUUUAGAGCUACAAUUAAAUUGGUGUGAAAGCCCUGAUACAUUACAAGCUUUUUUUUCCUGCAGCGUGAAUGUCGCUGCCUUCACUAUAGCUUUGAAAUGAAGUGGGAGGAAUGGUAAUUACUGCUCUUACUGCUCCCGACACACCUACCCUUCGGCACUGGUGCUGUCUUACCCUCGCUCCAUUUGUAUUACUGGGACAUGAGAACAUGUGCACUCCUGGAUAGGCAACAAAUUGUGGGAGCUGAUUUCAGCCUUUGCACGUGGAGUUAUUGUGGGGGAGAAUUAACGUCCAUUUCUUGCAGUAAGUGUAACCUGCACUAUAGGAUAUUUGACUGACUUCCUCGUUAUUUCUCUACCAAAAACGUUGCAGUGUCAGUCUAGCCAACCUUUUCAUCAGGAAUGGCUUGCCAAACCACCCCAAAACAUGUCUCACGGCCUGAGCAAGCUGGCUAUUGGGGACCCCAGCAGCAUAGCUAGGGACUGCAUGUGGCACUGAGAGGUCCCGUGGCAUGCUCAAGGCUCUUUCGGCUGAAGGAUGGUGACGUGGGGAGCCCUGUCGGUCAGACAGGCUUAGGAGCGUGUCCUGCAGCAUGUCCUUUCUCCAACUGGAAGGGAAGAUGAGAGGCCUCGACAUCACCCCGCGAGUGAGGGGGUUUGGUGAGUUACUGGGAGGUACUGGUGGGCCCAGCAGCGUCAGCAGGUGAGUGUGGGGGGCUUUGCUGGUGAUUCAUUUUGCUGGCAUUUGUGUGAAUGCUUCUCGGUGUACCUCAGCUCCAAAAUUCAUCUGCUCUUGAGACCGAGUCCCCAGAAGGUAGGUGGCAGAGCAAAGCAUUUCCUGAAGCUGGCAGAGAAGCCUGCUUGGCCUUGGUUGCCCCACGUGCAGCCCUGCAGGGUAAAGCCAGCUCCUAAUUUUCCUUGCUGGCACUCAGCCCCUGUCCCUAGGUUACUCCCAGCACCAGAGCACCUUGCCGCAGUGACCAGCGGGCCCGUGCCUGUCCUCGGGCAGCCUCUGACCCGAGCAAGAGGGACAGUGCUGCCAGAGCCUGUGGUGGAAGGCAGGAGGCCGCCCUGCCUCGAAAUGCUCUGUCUGUGCAGACAGCUGCUGUUUGUGGGACCUUGUUUUUCUCCUGCCAUCCUGCUCAGCUGAGCUCUUGUGCUGGUCCCUUGUAAGCUGAGCAGAACCUGAAUUGUUUCAUAUGUUGUCCUAAAAGCUCUGAAGGGCUUUCUGCAGCCUGCUGGCAGAGGAAGCAAAUCCCCUGCAGGGAUUCCAAGCCCUGCGACCAGCCCCCUGGAGGUAAGGCCCAGCACCGUCUGAGACAAGAUGUGAGAGGCUGCAGGUGUAACAGGAGGUGCUGUGGACAGUUGGGGUUCAUUUAUUUCCUGCUGAUUCCCUGUGAUUUCUUCUUAGGUCUGUGCAGGUGGUGGAUAUGGCAGCAGAGCAGUCCUCCCAUGGUCCCAGGAGCAGCGGGCUCCAGCCUGGACUCAGCAAGCCUGGCUCCCUGCACGGCUUCACGGGCUUUGCUGCACUGAGGUAGAUGCUGAAUAAGGCACCCCCGUGGUUUUCCAGAUGUCACUGUUUGCUCUCCGCCUCACACCUUCUGACGUCUGUCUUCAUGCUCUUCUGGAAAAAAAAACCUGGUCAUGUUCCCUCAGGUUUCUGACCCAGGCGUUCUGCUGCGGGAGUGGAGUUGGUAACCCUCUGCACCUUCGUGCCUCAACUUACUUAUUCAACUUCAUCUGCUGCAGGGUUUUUUGGGGAUGUCAUUAAAUUCAUACGUUGUUUGGAGCAGCCUGCUUGAAGGUAUCGUCACCGACCGCUCCCUUUAUAACAGGGAGGAAUUCUUGCCUAUGUAAUGUAAGGCUAUCAAGAGUGACCCCGAUUUUCCAUGUGCAAUUACUUCGAGCAGUAUUUUCUCAUUUCCUUUCCCAAGCUAGUGUCAUCCACGUCCUACAGAGCUGGCUGUUGACACGGAGGGCAAGAGAGUGCCUUGGUGUGAGCUUUACCACGGCCCUUUUAAAACUGAUAAUUCCAGAUGCUCCACAGGAGCCUGCAUAAAGGUUGUGGAGCUGCUGCUUGUCCAUCACACAAUUCCUGAUUUCUAGCCAUUGCUCCAGGUAUCACGAUGAGGAUGUGGUUUUGCUUCCUUUGUGUAAAUAAUUGAGACAUUGGGAAUGCUCCUUGUGCAUAUAGAGGGCUUGGGAAUCCUUGGACAAACCCGCAAAGGCCAAACUGAACAUCUGAGCGAGUCAGCGGGUGUGAUCUGCCUGGCAGAGUUCAUGGCAGAAAUGGGUUCUCAUCUGAGAGCUGAAUUUACUCUUGCUAUAAACUGACAAAAUGUCUCUGAGGUCAGCGGAGCUCUGCUCCUGCGUACUAAAAAAAAAAAAAAAGCACAGAUUCAUGCUGCAGAUUAAAUGUAGGAUAAUUUGCCUGUGCCCUUUCCUGCUGCAGGACUAAUCCUCUGCAAUAAGGACUCUGCAGGGAGAAGAUGAAUUGCAGCCUGGGGGGUGGCUGGCUGCUUGGGAUCGAAUGCAGCUCACUGGAGUUGCUAGAGAGGACUGAAAGGAGGGUGAAAGGCGCAUGUCUCUGGGCGUGCUGUCCCUGCCCAGAUGCAGCAGUGACAUACAGGGGAUCCUGGUCCGUUGUCCGGGGUUCUCAUGGCUCGUCUGUAGUGAAACACCCAUGAGUGCCGUGAUAUCAGCCUAACAGUGCUUAAAGCUUAGAAGCUGUUAAAGCUUGAAGCCCUCUGUCAAGUGAGGUCUUGGUUGAUGUGUUCUGGGAUUGCAGGGGAAUUGCAGGGAAAUUUGGAAAUGCUCAUUGUAAAUGUCUGGCUUAUGUUACCUGUCCAGUAGGAGGGGAGUUAAAUCUCUGCCAAGAGCUUAAUCGUGGGCUGCUGGUAAAAACUAAAUUGAGCUAAUAAAGACAGCUAGCUGCUGUCUGCCAACAAGCAGAGAAUCUGCUGAAACGUGCCUCGAAGGUCCCUGCCUACAAACUGCCAUGGAGCUGGCAGAUACUGGUGGGUCCUGUCCUCUUCUCAGCUCAUUUUUUGGUGUUUUCCCCCAGUAAUGCUCUCUUCUAAGUGUUUUCACAGUGACAUUUGCAGCAUUAUCGCUGUUUGGCUCGUCUAGUCAGGUAUUUGCUGUCUGGAGGAGGAUGGGAAGUGAUCCCUUUGGCCCACCAGGUGAGGCUGCCAGCAGCUCCCUGAAUAACCACCUCUUUUCUCUUUCCAGGCUUCCUUCCCUGCCGUGUGGAGGAGACCAGCCCUGCUCUGCGCGGUGCGGUCGGUGUUAAAUCCCUGCUCGGUGCAGUGCGUUCGGUGCUAAAUCCCCGCUCCGCUCGCGUGGCCCGUGUCGUCCAGGGCGGUAGGUUCCCACUUAACGGAGAUAGAAACGGGACAAUUACAACUUCAGUAAAGACCUGGAGGAAUCCAGUGCCUUGGCAAACUUUAAAAGGAGCCAAGUAUUAAGCAUCGAACCAUUCCCUGCCUAACUAGAUGAAGGUUCAUUUGAGGCCUUUAAUAGUGGACCAGCAUCUCGGCCCCAGCGCUCUCCUCAUUCUGCUCGUGGCCCCCCAGGAGCUGCCGCCGGCGCGGGACGGCCCCGGUAUUGUUGCUGCAGCUGGUGUUGUGAAUCAGGCCGACGACAAGCGCAUCCUACUAUCCGGCUAUUUCACUACACCAGGGUUGCAUCAUACCACUUGCUUCGCUCUUCGCCUGCCGUACGGAGUCCUCGUGCCUCUCCUGGAGCAUCUUCCUGGAGUGCUUCACAUCCCCCAUUUAAGAGGUUCCCUGCGAUUUGUGCCGUGUGGGGGCAGUUAAUGUUUCCUGAUGAAUUAAUGAUGGUCUGAAAUAAAGAAGUUG